ACGCAACAAUCGAAGUCUCUCAACAUCAAGAAAAACAGCAACAAAAUAUACUUUUUCCGGUAUAGCCAAUUUUGAUUUCGAUGUGAAUCUCUCCCUUAAAUUACGUAAUAUAGGCUCAAUUGCCCACGACACAAGAAAUACCAAAGAAAAAGCUCACUAAAAGCAAAAAAAGUAAAAAAAAAUUGCAUCGAAAAGAACGAAAACUAAAACGUGGUACAUCAAUGAAACAGCGAUGCAAAUUUUCGUUCUUGUAACUUAAACAAAAUAUGUAAUUUUUCUCAGGAAAAUACAUUCCUCUGAGUUGAUAGAUUAAUAAAAGAAAUACAAAGGAUCUCGAGUAGUACAACAGAAAUCUUAAAAUAGCGCAUCUACCAGAAGUUUUAUGUAAAUAAGGAAAAACGUAAAGUCUUCUUGAGGAGCAAGUAGAACCCAAAAAAGUUUGUGUUGACUAAAUAGGCCGGUAUAAUCAAUUACUGGAACAAUAUUUUGAAGUUAUUUGCACGUUUUUCCUGAUUCCCGCCAAUAUAAAUGUUCCUCUACAACGAAAAAAAUCAUCAGAGUAGCACUGCUUCUACAAAGGAGCUGCUAAGUUGUUUGGUAACCAAGCAAGAACAGGACCGGAAUGAACAAGUUCGUUCUUUCCGCCCUUGUGGCAUUCUGCGCGGCUGUAUCUUUGCAAGUUGUUGUAUCGUAUGAACCCCUAGAAAAAGCUGCCUAUGAAACCCAACAAUCCGACGAUUAUGGCGCAGUGAAGGAUGCAGUCGACGCCAAUGCAGAUGAAAGAUUUGAAGAUGAUCUGAGCGAUUACAAUCAUUUCGACGAAGAUGAAGUUGACAAUGAUGAAGAUGAAGAGAGUGAAGAGGAUGCAAAUGGCAAUGAUGUCCAAGAAGAUCCAAAACCAUUUUUUCGCAGAAUAAGAGUCCCGAAACCAAGAUUCCGGAUCCCGAAGCCAAGAGUCCCGCUUCCAAGAAUUCCAAAACCAAGGAUCCGGAUCCCGAGAAUCCCAAAACCAAGAUUCCGGAUUCCAAGAUUGCCAAAGCCCCGCCUCCCGUUUGGGAAGAAGUAAAGGGACUUACCCACUGAAUUAGUCUGUUAGAAAUCGAGGCCACGAAAAUCUUUGCCAUUGGUCUUUGAUUCACACUCUAAAUGUGUAAGCAAAAAGAUGUAAAAGUUAAUUUUUGUGAACUAAUCAACUGACUCAUCUGGUAAUAAAACACAUUCAGUUGCAUGUUAUUCCGUACGCGUUCUUUAAGUGCGGAGUUUGUAAUGCCACAAUUACAUCACGGUAAAAACAUCGUUCACAUACUGAACUAGAAUUGUACAAUUCCUAAUAUAGAUCUUAUGCAACACGAGGAUAAGCUAUGCUCUUGAGCGAGUGCUUUCACAACACUAGAGAGGUUUAGCAUCGCGUUUACAUGAAAGAUAGAAU